AUGACGAUUUACCAAAACAUUACUGAAAAUGCAGAGGAGAAAACCUACGAGCGAUUGUUUUGCUCUCAGGAAAUAACAGCAGGAAUACGCGGUUAUCUGAUAUUUAUUUCGGCGUUCAAUGUUUUGCUCGCCAUUUGUUCAUCUCUGGGGAAUAUUCUGAUCCUGAUUGCCCUUCACAAAGAGACUACUCUUCACGCGCCGUCCAAACUAUUUCUCCGAUCCCUGGCUAUAACUGAUCUCCUCGUUGGUGUCAUUUCUGAGCCUCUUACCAUAACUUACUGGAUGUCCGCGGUGAGAAAGCGACAGGAUGACUGCUACAACGCAUUAUUUACCAGCUUUAUAGCAAGCUAUCUUCUCUGCGGCAUGUCUUUGUUAACACUGACUGCAAUAAGCGUGGAUAGGCUGCUCGCCUUGACAUUAGGGCUGAGAUACAGACAAGUUGUGACUGUGAAAAAGGCGUGCGCGUUUGUCAUCAUGUUCUGGAUUGUUUCCAUUACCUGCUCAGCAAUGUAUGCGCAGAACGUCCGAAUAACAAUAUGGUAUAGCCAUAUAGUUAUACCAGUAAGCUUCUUCACCUCAGUUUCGUCUUAUACAAAGAUUUUUUGGGAACUCCAUCGCCAUGAAAGGCAGGUACGCGGCAACAUCAUUCAGCGAGAGCAAUCUAGCAACUCGAGUUCCGCUCCACUGAACAUAUCUCAAUAUAGAAAAGGAGUGUCCAGUGUAAUUUGGUUGCAGGUGGCAGUUGCUGUUUGUUAUCUUCCACAUGGUAUAAUCACAGCUUUGUGGACCUAUAGUGGACAGUCGUCGGCUAUUAUUGUGCUCAGACAGUUAACACUAACUCUAGUUUACUUUAAUUCGACACUAAACCCUUUACUUUACUGCUGGAAGAUUAGCGAGGUGAGACAAUUGGUGAAGGAAUUACUCAGAAGAUCAUUUUGCUGCUAA